AUGAGCGCCGUUUCCAGCGACGAGGAAAGCGUCUUUGUGCGCGCCCCCAUCCUCGGACCCCAGACCCACAAGCAGCGCAAGCGAUCUUCUGUUCACAUGGACGCCAUUCAUGAGCCCCUCGACCCCACCCAGAUUUCCCCGGCCCAGCUCUAUCUGACCGAAAGUGGCCACCUGUUCCACGCAGGCAAGGUGGCCAUUGUGCUGGUGGGCUUGCCCGCCCGAGGUAAGACCCAUCUGGCCGUGUCGCUGACCCGAUACCUGCGAUGGCUGGGAGUCAAGACCCACGCCUUCCACCUGGGAGACUACCGACGAGCCCAGUUCCCCGAUCACGAGACCCAGACCGGCAAGGCCGACGCCGAGUCGCUGCCGUCCGACUACUUUGAUCUCAACCCGUCAGAAAAAACCAAAAAGCUGCGGUCCCAGAUCGUCGACGCCUGUCUGGCCGACAUGGACGUUUUUUUCGACAAACACAAUGGACAGGUGGCCAUCUACGACGCAGUCAACCCAACAUACCAGAUCCGGCAGGACCUAGUCGAUAAGCUGACUACUCGAUCCGAGCGCCAGGUGCUGUUUGUCGAAUCGUACUGCACAGACGACUCUCUGGUGGCUCGAAACAUUCGAGGAGUCAAAAUCUCGUCUCCCGACUACCAGGGAUGGUCCUACGAGGAGGCCGUCAAGCACUAUCUCAAGCGAAUCGAGCUCAGAAUCCCCUACUACCAGUCCAUGAACCGAGAAAAGGAGGCCCAUCUGUCCUACGUCAAGCUCAUCAACGUGUCGGAAAAGAUGAUUCUCAACAACACGGCGCAUCUGGGAUAUCUGGUCAACCGGAUCGUCUUUUUCCUCAUGAACGCGCGAAUCAAGACUGGGAACGUCUACUUUGCCCGUGCUGGGGAGCCUGUGGUGGACCCCAAAAACUACAAGAUGGCCAUGGACCUGCCCUUGUCGGAAGAGGGCAAGCAAUACGCCGAAACUUUGUGCCAGAUUGUUCUCAACCACAUUAGCGACUACAAACUGCACCAGCAACAGAAGGAGGAGUCUGCCGCCAACGACCCUGACUCCCGGCGUAUCGGACAGGACAUUGACGCUAAACUGGCCACCCAGCCAAACCCUCACAGAAACACCGCCACCACGUCUCGCCAUGGCUCGCGACGAGGCUCGAAGCACGGCUCACGAGCAGCCUCGGGAACCACCUCGCCCGCUUUUGCAUCAUCGUCUUCUGUCGUGUCCAUGAACAACCUGCUGUCCGACUCCCCCACGGGCUCCACCACCAGCAGCACCAGCAAGAUGUUAGUCCCGUCGGCCGUGUCAACCUCAAAGAUGACCAACCUGGUUGUCUGGACGUCUGUGCGGGCUCGAACCGUCGAGACAGCCGCCCCUUUUUCUUCCAGAGGGAUCCCCUUCUUGGAGAGAGGCCAGCUGACCCAGCUCAAUCCCGGAGUGUGCGAGAAUAUGACCGAGGAGGAAAUCAAGGAGAAGUACCCCGAGGAGUGGGACAAGCACCAGAAGGAUCCCUACCAUCACCGGUUCCCUCGAUCCGAGUCGUACCACGAUCUGGCUGUGCGUCUGGAGCCUCUGAUUCUCGAGAUGGAGCGAAUCCCCGGCGAUAUUGUCAUUGUGGCCCACGAGUCCGUGCUGCGGGUUUUGUACGGUUACCUCAUGGCGUGCACGGUGCAGGACAUUCCCACGCUGUCGUUCCCCCGGAACGAAAUUGUGUGUAUCAUCCCCAACGCCUACCACAACCAAGUAGAACGGAUCCCUGUUCCCGGUGUGGAGGCCUAA